UCUGUUAUUUGUAAUUUGAGAAGACAAUUUUUUGUGUUACAAAUGGUAAAUUUAAAUUUGAAUACAAGAACCGUAAUGGCAACGAAGAUACAGAAGAGGAAAUGUUGUGUGUAAGGAUGUGAAGAUGUUGUCAGCAUGAGACAUCGUUUUCCCAAAAACAAUCCAACAUUUUUCAAGAUAUGGAUAGACAAUAUAAAACCCAAAUAUUGGGAAACAUUAUCUGUUCAGCAAAUCUAUAAUAAAUAUUCUGUGUGUCAUGCCCAUUUUGAGAAGUGCUAUCAUCUGGUUGGAAGUUUGAGAGGCCUCACAGUUCAUGCAGUUCCUACAUUGGGUGUUCCAGGUGUUAAUAAUAAUAAUGUUGACGAGCCAAUGAACACAUCAUCAAAUUAUGAAACAGAAAUGGAAAUAUCACAGCCUGAAGAUUCAGAGGGUAUUAUGGAGUUCACAACACAAAAUGGUGUCCCCAAAGUUUUUAAUGAUGAUUUUAAUCAACCAUCAACUUCCAAAAAUUACAUUCAACCAAUACCAUCAGUAUCACAGCCAGAAGAAUUGCCGAAUUUUUUAGAACCAAGUACCCAAGAGAAGAGAAGAAUUGCUUCAGGUAAAGGAAUACUUUCCACAUUGAACUGCACCAGAAAAAAGCAUUUGAAUGCAAGGGAGCAAAUUUUAUACAAAAUCAUUUGCAACAUAAGAAAAAACAUGAAUCAGAAGAAAUACAGGAUUCAAAAUUACAAAGAAAGGAUUAGUGUUGCACAAAAAUUAUUAGCAAAUGCUGGGCUUCAAAAUGUUUUGAGCCAAGUAAAUGAAGCUACAUGCAAUUUCAUCAGAUGUCAGAUUAGAAAUAAAAAUCAGAAACGGAAUGCUAGAAGAUUCACAUUUGACGAAAAAGUUCUUGCUCUAGCAUUAUACGAAGCGAGCCCUAAAGGUUAUCGUCUCUUGUAUAAAUUAUUUUGCCUCCCUUUAAGCAGAACUUUAUCAAGACUAUUGGAAAAAUUAACAUUCAAUCCAGGAUUAAAUGCUCACAUUUUUCAGCAACUUGAACAUACCGUGAGUCAAAUUAAAUCUCGUCAAGAUAAAGUAUGCGCUCUUAUCUUUGAUGAAAUGUCAUUGUCCACAAAUUUGAAGUAUGAUCAAGUUGCUGAUAAGAUCAUAGGAGUGGAGGAUGAUGGAUCUGAAAGAAAGGCAAGGUUGGUUGAUCAUGCCAAUGUAUUUUUCCUCAAGGGAUUAUAGAGGCAAUACAAGCAACCUCUUGCCUUCACUUUCAGUAAAGGUCCCAUUACCAGUGUAACUUUGGAAAAUUUAAUCAGUUAUUCAGUUCAGUUAUUCAGAGAAUGUUAAUGAUUCCGAAUUUAUACUUAAAAUAUAAAUUCGGAAAUUUAAUCAAGCCUGGACAAUAUAUCAACUUCUUGUUCAGGCAUUCACUCAAUAAAUUGUUUUACAUUAUUCCUAGAAUGUGCGAUAGAAGGAAUAUCUCAGAAUUUCUACAGAAUGAACUGAAAUCAAAUUUUAAUUUUAGAAUUUUGAAUUGUCCAAUUCAUUCACUUGAUGAAAUAUUAUGUUCAGCAAUCGUGAGAUGUUCUUUAUUCUGGUGGU